GGGUGGGGCGACGCUCGGGACGCGGAGCGAGGUCUCGGCGGGGCAUCGCCAGGUUCCAUCCGGGGCGGAGACUCGGCUGGAGCUCGGCCGCGGCAGCUGAAGCCGGAGUUGGAACCACUGAGGGAGGAGGGGCCGCGCCGGCGGCCGCAGUAGUGGAAGCUGGAGCAGCCACGGGAGCAGCAGCAGCUGCGGGAGCAGCUGGAGCGGGAGCAGCCGCAGCAGCCGCGGGAGCAGCUGCUGGAGGCGCGGGAGCAGCUGGAGCGGGAGCCACAGCGCGAGCAGCCACAGCAGGAGCAGCGGGCUCGGCGUCUGCGGCGGCGGCGACCGUGGUCUUGGCCGUGGCCGUGGCCUUGGGCAGCCUACGUGCACGACGGGGAUCCUUCCACCUGCCCUGGCUCCACCCCGCGCAUCAGCAGGUCUCUGCUUCUUCUUGCCAUGCCUGAGGAGAUGGACGGCAGCGCCGCCCCGCUGCCCGGCUCCACCCUGUGCCCACCGUCCUACUAGAGCCGCGGCCGGCGGCAACGGCGGCUGCAGGAUGAACAUCGCGGCCGUCUUCAACGCCCUGCUGGUGUCCAUCCUGGCGGCGGUGCUGUGGAAGCACGUGCGGCUGCGGGAGCACGCCUCCACGCUGGAGGAAGAGCUGGCCCUCCACCGCCAGGCCCAGGAGCCGGCCCGGGAGGCCCCCGACCAGCAGGCGGCCCUGCAGACGCUCCUGGAGGAGGGCACGCGCAUGGUGUGCACGGGCCGCACGCACACCGACCGCAUCUGCCGCUUCCAGGACCUCUGCUACUCGGCUGAGGCGGAGGAGUUCAUCUUCUUCCACGGCAACAGCUCGCUGAUGCUGCCCAGCCUGGGCCCGCGCCGCUUCCAGCCCGCGCUCCUGGACCUGUCCUCGGUGGAGGACCACAACACCCAGUACUUCAACUUCGUGGAGCUGCCCGCGGCCGCGCUGCGCGCCCUGCCCCCCGCGCGCUUCCUGCCCGACGUGGCGCUGAUCGCCAACCGCUUCAACCCCGACAACCUCAUGCACAUCUUCCACGACGACCUGCUGCCCCUCUUCUACACCCUGCGGCAGUUCCCCGACCUGGGCCCCGAGGCCCGGCUGGUGUUCAUGGAGGGCUGGGGCCCGGGCCCGCACUUCGACCUCUACCAGCUGCUGAGCCGCAAGGCGCCGCUGCUGCGCGAGCAGCUCAAGGGCCUGGGCCGCCUGCUCUGCUUCCCGCGCGCCUACGUGGGGCUCUCCAAGGCCACCACCUGGUACCAGUACGGCUUCGUGCAGCCGCAGGGCCCCAAGGCCAACAUCCUGGUGUCGGGCACCGAGAUCCGCCGCUUCGCCAGCUUCGUCCUGCGCGCGCUCAACGUCAGCGUGGCCGAGGGCCGGGGCCCGGGCCCGGGCCCGGGCCAGGGCUACAUCGUGGUCUUCAGCCGCACCCUCAACCGGCUCAUCCUGAACGAGGCCGAGCUGCUGCUGGCGCUGGCCCGCGAGUUCCAGAUGAAGACGGUCACCGUGUCGCUGGAGGACUACGCCUUCGCCGACGUGGUGCGGCUGGUCAGCAACGCCUCCAUGCUGGUCAGCAUGCACGGCGCCCAGCUCAUCACCGCCCUCUUCCUGCCGCGGGGCGCCGUCGUCGUGGAGCUCUUCCCCUACGCCGUCAACCCCGACCAUUACACGCCCUACAAGACGCUGGCCGGCCUCCCGGACAUGGACCUCCACUACGUGGCCUGGCGCAACACCAAGCAGGAGAACACCGUCACCUACCCCGACCGGCCCUGGGACCAGGGGGGCAUCGCCCACCUGGACCGCGCCGAGCAAGAGCGCAUCCUGCAGAGCCGCGAGGUCCCCCGGCACCUGUGCUGCCGCAACCCCGAGUGGCUGUUCCGCAUCUACCAGGACACCAAGGUGGACAUCCCGUCCCUGCUGCAGGCCAUCCGGGGGGUGGUGAAGGCCGGGCCGGGGCCGGGCAGGCCCAAGCGGGCCCAGGGGCCCUACCCCAGCAAGGUGCGGGAGGCCAGGUGCCGGGCCUCGGUGCAGGGCGCCGCCGAGGCCCGGCUGAGCGUGUCCUGGCAGGCGCCCUGGAACCUCAAGUUCGUGAAGGCGAAGGAGGUCCAGUACGAGGUGUGGAUCCAGGAGCAGGGGGAGAACGCGUACAUGCCUUACAUCCUCACCCACCAGAACCACACCUUUGCCGAGAACAUUAAGCCCUUCACCACCUACCUGGUCUGGAUCCGGUGCAUCUUCAGCAAAAACCUGCUGGGACCUUUUGCAGACGUGCUGGUCUGCAGCACGUAGCCCCCCCCCGCCCCCCCGCCAGGCACGCUCGGCCCCGGCCCGGCCCCCUCGGGGGUCCCAGGUCACUGGAGAAGGCGGAAGAGACCAGCCCCCGCCCCCGCCCCGCCCCCCACUAGUGCCUCAGUGGUUGUUUCUUGCAUUUACCGUGUGUGUUUUCUCGACCGUGACAAUACUCAGUGGCGCCCCUCCCCCUCAUGCCCUCCCUCCUCAGUGGCAAGAGGGUCCCCGCCCCUCCCCCAGCCCAGCCCGCCCCUCCCCCUCCCCCGUGGCCAUUGAGUAUCUGUAGUCCUGGAAAAGUUAACUGUGAAUUGAGUAGGUGGGUUCAGGCCUGCAUAGGUUCCUGGGGGCAGCGGGUGGUCAUGUGGAGUACUUCAUUAGCUUCCUCAUUGUGAAAUUCCCCAAAUCCUAAUUCAAGGAUGUGUUGUUGAAACGUUCAAUAAAUGGUUGUGAGCAUCA